UUCCAGCAGCUAUUAUCAGUUGGGGGGGAAACUGCCUGUGAGAUAACGUGGGAGUGAGGGGCAGAGAUUCGGUAAAGGAACUGAGCUUUUGAAUGAUAUGCAGUCAUAUUUUAUUUGUGCACCAAAGCGGAGGAAACAAAUCCUUCAGGAAAAAUAUUUUUGCGCAAACUGCUCCUCCUUCCCAAGCCUUCCCGAUUGUGGUCCGACUCAAACUUAAGACUGCAAAGCAGAGGCUGAGAAACAUAGGAGCGAGUCACUUCACUUCUGCGCCACCAAAGUCUCUUUCACACAACUAUUUUUAUUCAUUUGGACGUUACUUCGUGUCAAACAAAAAAAUCGGCUCUACAUUUGGAAGAGAUCGGGGAGUCACGCAUGACCACCGACCCUUGAAAAAUUUUAUUUUCUAUCUCAACGAUAGACCGACUGUUGGAUGUCAAAUGGUCCAUAAUAACUUGCAAAAUACGCACUCACUUUUGGACAGACACAUGGAUUCGCUCGAAAACCCUGGACUACAAUCACAUGGAAAAGGAGCACGGAGAAAAGGCAGAUUCAAAGGAUCAGACGGCAGCACCUCUUCAGAUACAACAAACAACAGCUUUGUGCGACAGGGUUCGGCGGACUCCUACACCAGCCGUCCAUCAGACUCCGAUGUUUCCCUGGAGGAGGAUAAGGAGGCAGUGCGACGAGAGGCAGAGCGGCAGGCUCAGACACAGCUCGACAAGGCCAAGACUAAACCAGUUGCAUUUGCUGUCCGCACAAAUGUCAACUACUGCGCCACCAAUGAUGAUGGCGUCCCCGUGCCGGGCAUGGCCAUCUCCUUUGAGGCUAAAGACUUCCUCCACGUCAAAGAGAAAUUUAAUAAUGACUGGUGGAUAGGUCGUCUGGUGAAGGAAGGCUGUGAAAUCGGUUUCAUCCCCAGUCCUGUGAAGAUCGAGAACACUCGGGUACAACACGAGCAGAGAGCCAAACAGGGCAAGUUCCACUCCAGUAAAUCGGGAGCAAACUCCUCUACCAGUUUAGGUGAAGUGGUUCCUAACUCGCGGAAAUCCACCCCCCCUUCCUCUGCCGUUGACAUAGACGCCACAGGCUUAGACCCCGAGGACAAUGAGCUUCCAGUCCACCUUCGCUCCCCUAAAGUCAGUCAGCCAAACACAGUCAUGUCACCCACCCUAGCCAAAGACAAACGAAUGCCCUUCUUUAAGAAGACGGAACACAUUCCUCCAUACGACGUUGUGCCUUCCAUGCGACCUGUGGUCCUGGUUGGACCGUCACUGAAGGGCUACGAGGUGACAGAUAUGAUGCAAAAAGCACUGUUUGACUUUUUGAAACACAGAUUUGAGGGAAGAAUAUCAAUCACUCGAGUCACUGCAGACAUCUCUCUUGCCAAACGCUCCGUCCUCAACAACCCUAGUAAACACGCCAUCAUCGAGCGAUCCAACACACGCUCCAACCUUGUAGCUGAAGUGCAGAGUGAGAUAGAGCGUAUCUUUGAACUGGCCCGGACCUUACAGCUGGUGGUUCUGGACGCAGACACCAUCAACCACCCGGCCCAACUGGGCAAGACAUCCCUGGCUCCUAUCAUCGUCUACGUCAAGAUCUCCUCUCCUAAGGUUCUGCAGAGGCUCAUCAAGUCCAGAGGGAAGUCCCAGGCUAAGCACCUCAAUGUCCAGAUGGUUGCCGCAGACAAACUGGCCCAGUGCCCUGCCGAGAUGUUUGACAUCAUCCUGGAUGAGAACCAGCUGGAGGAUGCGUGUGAGCACAUGGCUGAUUACCUGGAGGCCUACUGGAAGAGCACCCACCCCGCCAGCUGCAACCCCCCCAACCCGCUGCUGGCCAAGCUGGCCACAGACGCCCUGCCCUCCAGCCCCGCUCCCGUCUCCAGCAUGCAGGGCAGCGGGGCAGAGGAGAAAGCAGGGGACAAGGCAGGACAAGGUGGGGAGAGGAAGGGCUCCAGAGAGGACCACCAGCACCACCAUCACCACCACAGCCAGCAUCAGAGCCAGGAGCAGCCAGAUGGGGAGGGGGAGGGGGAGGAGGAGAGGGAGGAGGAGGAGAGGCCCCUAAGGACAGAGUCUUCCAGGAGACCCCAGCACAUCCACCACCGCUCCUCCUCCCAGCGAACUGAGCAGCACCACAACCACCACCACCAUCAUCAUCGUGGUGGUGGCGGUGGUGGUGGCCGGGGCAAGGGUCUCUCCCGGGGGGAGACACAGGACUCAGAGACCCCCGAGAGCCGGGAGAGCAGAGAAAGUAGAGACUCAGCGUACAUAGAGCCUCUGUCUCAGCUCCUACACCAGGAAGAGGAGGAUGAUUUUGGAGAGGAGUAUGACGAGGAGGGGCUUGGAGAGGGAGGGCACCCCCAGCAGCAGCAGGUGCGCUACGAGGCCCAGCCCCAACCCAGGGACCAUCAUCAUCACCACCACCACCAUCACCGCGCUGGCGAGGAGGCGGGCCACAGCACAAUAGGACACCACCGUUCUAAGGAGCGUAACGAGCAGGACCACAACGAGCGCAACAAGCCGCGCAGUCACCAACAUCAACGACCGGCCCGCGACCACCACCACCACCAGUACUAUGACCGCGACCGGGACAGGGAGGGGGAGGUUGCCCCCAAAAAGAGGGGUGACACAGAGGACUGGGCCAGAGACCCCUAUAUUCACCAGUGACAGCCUAGCCCCGAGACUCCAACCCCUCACACACUGAGACAGUGGUAGGACUCCCCUCUCUCUGAAACCGCUCUGUUGUCCCAUCUUGCUGCUACACCCGUUUAUGUAUGCUUCCUUUGUAAAGGCCGUUGCAUCCUUAGCAAUGGCAGUAUUUUUAUUAUAUAUAGUAAAUAAAUAUAUAUAUAUAUAUAUAUAUGUGUGUGUGUGUGUGUGUGUGUGUGUGUGUAUCGAUACAUAGACAUUUUCGUUUAUGUGUGGAUAUGCAUGGAUCUUCUCAAAUAUGCAUAUUUUAAACCUGUGUUUGAUGAAGCAUGACACAACAGCAGAAUUAUCUUCUGUACUGUACUGCUUUCUGUGACUAGCAUUUAAAAAAAUAUUUGUCAGGGUUUUUUAAUUUAUUUUUUGUAUGCUGCCACUUAAAAGAAGAAUUUGUUCAUUCAGACUACUGUUAGCAAUGACUGAGAAGUGGUAAACCAUGUAACUGGGUUAAAUGCUAUAUAUUUGCAAUUGUUUUUGUUUAAUUUAAUUGUUCCUGUUUUCUUUGCUUGCGUUUCAAAAAAAAAUCUGCAUUGUUCAUUUUCGGUGUUUGGUCCUCUGAUGUUGAUGCUGCCUCUCCAUUGGGGCACACCUUAGUCUGGCCUUACAAGACAAAAAGAAUAGUGACAUUACAGUACUGUUGUUCAAUUUAUAAAGGGUCCAGAAACAUUUUGUAACAUUGAUACACACUCUGUUCAGCACUUUUAGUACAACAUACUGUAGACUGAAUCACAUUGUUGGUGUCAGGUGUACAACUAUUUUAUAUUUUAGAGUAGAGUUAUUGGGUCAAAUCAAUCCACUUUAUUCCAUGAUGGUAUGUCUUUUUAAGUGAAACCCUUUCUUAUGGACAGUUCCAUGCACUUAGUACAGUCCAAUUAGCUAUAAAUGUGCGUUAUGAGAUACCCCAAAAAUAUUUCCUUGAAUUAUAUUUAUUUUCGAUCUCUAAUUGAAAAUCAAUCACAACCACUGAGUGAAAUCAACUGGAUGCUAAAGGUUAGCCUUUCUGCUAGGCUAUGGUGCUCAAGAACAGUUGUAAUAACCUAGUUAUAACAUAGCUCCAGUCCAGGGCGUUACAUGUGGCUUUCUAAUGCUGAGCUUCAGUGUCGGCAAGCCCCACAUAACGCACUGGACAAGAGCUAGUUAUAAAGUUUGCAUUGAUGAUGAGGUUAGGGUCCUUACUUGAGGAAAUGUGAUUUAGGUGAAUGUCUGAGUUAUAAGAAGUAGAUCCCUAGUGAGGUUUCUUAGUUCAGGCUGCCCUCUGUAAGGAGGUUAGGGGUAUGUGCCCCAAAUGUCACCCUGCUCCCUAUAUAUAGUGCACUACUUUUGACCAGGGCACAUGGAGAUCUACUCAAAAGUAGUGCACUAUUUAGGGAAUAGGGUACAAUUUGAGAUGCAUCCGAGGUCACAUACUCUGGCCCUCUGUUUACAUUACCACCAACCAGCCAGUCCCCUAGAACAAUUUUUUAGUUUUAUUUUUGCCUAAAAUAUUAUGAUUAUCCAUUUAUAUGCUACUCUAGUAGCACUACACAUUUUUAAGAGUGUACAUAUGUAUGUACAUAUGUAUAAAUACAAAAAAAUAAACUUGGCAACAAAGAAUUGA